ACCCAGCUCGCUUGCCUGUUAUUUUGGAAGCUGCCAGAGAGCAGAGAAGGAGCAUUGUAUGUACGUCCUAGAAGCAACUAAAGGACCUCGGGCAGGAGACAGAGAGAGGGGCCUACGGAAAAUGACGGAGUACAAACUUGUCGUGGUUGGAGCUGGUGGCGUAGGUAAAAGCGCACUGACGAUACAGCUUAUCCAGAACCAUUUUGUAGAUGAAUACGAUCCUACAAUAGAGGAUUCCUACAGGAAACAAGUAGUCAUCGAUGGCGAAACCUGCCUCUUGGACAUUUUGGAUACAGCCGGCCAAGAAGAGUACAGCGCAAUGCGGGACCAGUACAUGAGAACGGGCGAGGGCUUUUUAUGCGUAUUUGCUAUAAAUAACACAAAGUCUUUUGAAGACAUCCAUCAUUACAGGGAACAGAUAAAAAGAGUGAAAGAUUCGGAAGACGUCCCUAUGGUGCUAGUAGGAAACAAAUGUGACUUGCCUUCCAGGACUGUAGAUACAAAACAAGCUCAGGACUUAGCAAGGAGUUACGGAAUCCCUUUCAUCGAAACCUCGGCAAAAACGAGACAGAGAGUGGAGGAUGCUUUUUAUACAUUGGUGCGAGAGAUCCGUCAAUACAGAUUGAGAAAAAUCAACACAGAAGAAAAGACUCCUGGGUGCGUGAAAAUUAAAAAAUGCCUUUUAAUGGGUGUCGACGAUGCCUUCUACACAUUAGUUCGGGAAAUCCGAAAGCACAAAGAGAAGAUGAGCAAAGAUGGCAAAAAGAAGAAAAAGAAGACAAAGACAAAGUGUAUAAUUCUGUAAAUGCAAUUUAUUCUUUACCCUUACGGUAUGCAUUGGUAAACAUGAUUCAUUUUUGUACCAUUACACUAAAUUAUUUGCACCCACCUUUUGAGCAUUAUGUUAAAACUUCCUUUCUUCUUGCUGAUCCUUCCAGCCUUUUUGGCCCUCUGGACGCUUGCUUAUAAACAACAGUGGAAACCAUUCCCCUUAAAUGCCAGUUUAUCCUUGAGUGUUGGUCCUUGAAACUAGCUAUGCCUGUGAAAAACAUAAUAAUGUAUCUAAAAUAUAUUCUUUUCUCCCCUUCAAGGAUAUUCUGGUGCAUGCAAAACUUGCUAAUGUCUUUCCCCCACUUUUUUUUCUUAGAAAAUUCUGAAUUUGUUUAUUUGCAGGACCAGCUUUGUGAUGCUGUUUAGGUGGGGUUCCCCCACCCCAAAAAAAAAGUCAGGCAAUUGUCCUUCAGACAUAGCAGUGGAUACGAGUUAUUUGCCUCUUUUUAAAAUUGCUCCAUGCCCAAGUAAGGAACAGAUAAGAUGGGUGGUGAUUUUUCAAGCUUAUCAUGAAUCUCGGAUUCUUUUAAUCAGGGAAAAGUUAAGUUCAAGAUAUGCUAGAAUUAUAAUUUAGGUGAAACAGGAAGGUAUCCCACUGAAUUUGGAUAGAUCUGGAUUUUGUUUAGGGUUUACAUCCCAUUUAGGGCAAUCCCAUCAGUUCAGCGGGAUUUGCAAAUGUUGAUCUAUGGGUUGAUUCUAGUUAUAUCUACUCAAUAGGUGGGGACAGUGUUAGCACUACCAUUAAGUGCAGUAUGUAGAUACAGUAGAGUCUCUCUUAUCCAAACUUUGCUUAUCCAACAUUCCGUAUUAUCCAACACACCUUGGCUGCUUCUGGCUUGGAAGAAUAAAAACCAGACUCUUCCUCUUGCUUAGAGAAUUGCAACCAGGCUCCUCUUCCUUCCUUCCUCUCUUCCUUCUCUGGCUCCUUCUCCAGACUCCACUUCCAUCUAUGCUGUGUCUCUCCUCCCUAGGACCUCGCAUUCAGCUCAGGCGAGGCUUCAUGGAAGCGGCCUCUGCACAGGUAAAAGGGGAGCCCCACCAAGGCUGCCUGCUGCCCUGGCUGAUCUGCCAGCCUUGCUAUCUGGUGCUCUUGAUCUCGGCGCCCAUCCUCCUCGCCUCACCCCCCCCCCCCCCGCAGCCCCACUCUCUCUCAGCACCCAUUCUUGCCUGCCCCCCCCCCUCCCUGCAGCCCGGCCCGGCUCUCUCUCGGCAUCCAAUCUCACCUCACCCCCCCCCCUCUGCAACCCCAGCCCAGCUCUCUCGGCACCCAUCCUCGCCUUGCCCCCCUCCCUGCAGCACUGGCCCUGCUCUCUCUUGGCGCCCGUCUUCACCUGGCCCCCCUCCCUGCAGCACUGGUCCAGCUCUCUCUCAGCGCCCACUCUCAUCUCACCCCCCUCCCUGGAGGCCGGCCCGGCUCUCUCUCGGCGCCCAUUCUCGCCUCGCCCCCCACCCUGCAUCCCUGGCCCAGCUCUCUCUCGGCACCCAUUCUCUUGUCACCCCCCUCCUUGCAGCCCCGGUCUGGCUCUCUCUCAGCACCCAUUCUCUUGUCGCCCCCCUCCCUUCAGCCAUGGCCAAGCUCUCUUUCUUGCUAUCAGCAGAAAUGUUUGCUUUAUGGAAGAGGGAGGGAAAGAAAAAAAGAAAGAGAGCCAGCACUGAAGGUGGGAGACAAGGAAGGGGGGGGGGGGUCACGCGUGGGAGGAGCCUGGGAGUGAUGUCAAGUGCCUCCGCUCCCUCCAUCCUGCCUUUGCUCAGGUUUAAUAGGCUUUUCCUUAAUAGCUCCGUAUUAUCUGACAUUUUCGCUUAUCCAACGUUCUGAUGGCCCGCUUAUGUCGGAUAAGCAAGACUCUACUGCAUGCAAAGAAUUAUUAUCUUCUCAAGGCCUCCUUAAGGCUGAACAUCAGAAGAAGUAGUGGUUGAAGGGAGGCUCUUUUCAGAUAGAGGCAGUGAGAACCAGAUUGCAACAGAAUGGCCCCAGAUGGUUGAUUGGUGAGGAUCUUUCAGCGAUGAUGGUAGAUUUUCCCACUUUGGAUUACAAUUCUUGAGAAUCCUUCCACUAGCAUAUCUCUGGUCAUAGGAGUUUUAGUCCAACAGAUAAGGUUUAUAAGCAUCUCCAGACUACCACGUUGCCUACAACUGACCACCGAAGCUUUGUACAACAUUAGCAUCACCAGCUCAGUUUCUGCUUUCUAGGUUCAUGACAUGAAAUCUUGGUUGAAAUCUUGGUUAAGUUCCACUCGUCAUAGAAUCAUAGUUAAUUUGCAUUUGUAGGCAUCCCUUUCUUGUAGCAUUUCCAAUCAACUUGACUGAAUGUAAAUAUAUAAAUAUAUAUUGUAGAAUUCUCACAAAGAUGUCUUUCCCACUGCCGUUGGUCGCGGCUAUUUUUUCUAUUAAAAAUUAAAAAGUUCCUAAAAAAAACAACAACAGCGGAAUUUGUAAUUUGGGUUGGCGUCCUCUAAUGAACUUCUUAACACUUCACAAAAACGACUGUUUCUAAAGGGGGUUUGGCGUUAAGGGUCUUCUGGUUAGGAAGAAGUCUUUCCUACUGAAACAAAUACAAGAAGGUCUGUUUGUUUCAACAUAAGAGAAGUCCUGUGGAUUCUGGCUUUUGACUUCUCUUCACAGUAGUCUAAUCCAAAACGAGCCCAAUAUCUACCAUGGGGAACACUUUCCUGAAUGUAGUGUGGAUCAUAGCGAACUCUAUGGAAAUGAAUGGCUUCCAUUGGACCUAGAACAGUAUUGCAGAUUUUAUUUAUUUGUUGUGUCAGAAGCAAAUUGAGAAUACAGUUGUAAUGUAUAAAAAAAACCACAAACAAAAUUAAAAACUUGGUAUUAUAUUAAAUGUCCUUUGACCAGAAGCUGGCCACUUGGAGUGCCUCCUAGUGUUGUUAUAAGAAGGUCCUCCAUUGCGCAUGUGGCUAGGUUCAGGUUGCAUUGUAGUAGGUGGUCUGUGGUUUGCUCUACUCCACGCUUGCAUGUUGUGGACUCCACUUCAUAGGCCCAUUUCUUAAUGUUGACACUGCAUCUCGUGGUGCCAGAAUGCAGUCUGUUCAGCACUUUCCAAGUCUCCCAGGAGAGAGUUUCUCAUCUGGUAUCAGCCACUGAUUGAGGAUCCAGGUUUUAGCCUGCCACUUUUGGACUCUUGCUUGCUGAGGUGUUCCUGCAAAUAUCUCUGUAGGUCUUAGAAAGCUAUUUCUUGAUUUAAGGCGUUGGCGUGCUGGCCGAUAUCCGAACAGGGGAUGGGCCGGAGAUGUCACUACCUUGGUCCUUUCUUUACGGGUUGCUACUUCCCGAUGGAUGUCAGGUGAUACAAUACCAGCUAAACAGAAUCAUUUCUCCAGUGGUGUAGGACUGAUGCCUAACUCUUAUUCGGUGACAGAUGCUGUUUAACUCAAAUUUUUGAUCCAAGGUGGAAAAUGUAAACACUCCAAUUAAGCACAGAUCUCACCAUUUUCCAUAUAACUUUGGGAAUGUAUUAAGUAGAUCUCCUAAUUUCACACUUAAAAAUAAGUUGAAAAUACACUCUUCAUUGUUAUUUCCCUUGAGUCAGGUCACGUUCCAAAAUAUAUAAGUUCUGAACAUUUGAAGGCACACAAUGAUAAUAAAUAAUAAUAAAUUUGUAAUAAAUUGCAAAGCUCGGUCAGUCUCGUCUCCUGUUUCACAUUUGGAGCUGUACUAUAUAGAGAUAUACUCAUCACCACUAAAGGAUGUUUUUAAUGUUGAGCUAUUUGUUGAGAAGGACUAGUGUGAAGAGCAUGUGCAUAGAACCUACUACAUAAGAAUACAUUCACAAAACACGGAAGUGAACUGCUUUCCCCUUUACUUUGCCUUGUAGAAGUCUAUUCCAAAAUGUCUCAGUGUUGGAUGGAUAGACUACACCUUUACCUGUACCUUCCCCCCCCCCCCUUAAAUCUGCUUUAUGGUUUAAUUCCACUGUUGUCCUUACGUUAAAGUAACCUUUUUACACAUACCCCUGCCCGCCUUUCGAGUGCCAAAUCUCUUACUUGGGACUAUUUCUUAAAAUGCAUUGUGUUUACCUAGAAAUGUAUUUUAACUAUUUUUGUAUAAUAUAAACUAAACAUACAUGUUUUGUACAUUGUGUUAUUUGUUUUUAUUUUUUAAGGCGAAACAAAUGCAAAUGUGAUCCAGGUGACUCUCAAUAAUUUUUUUUGUUUGCCCACGUUUUAUUUCCGUCGUGUUCCCACAGAAUGUUGGGCCACAGACAUUAACACCCGGCGAAUGACCACUGCUCCUUGAAACUUUUACAAACGUUUUACUAGCAGCAUGUGCUGUCAAGUGAUAAGAACACUGUACGUCACAAACAGUACAACUCCUGUUGUAAUUAAUACUGAUAAUAAAAAGAAAAUCUGUGUUUCUGCUGUUUGUUAUUUUCCUCAAAA